UGCUAAGUGCCGCGGCAUUCUAUGAAGUUCGAGUUAAAACUUCAGACGUGCUACGAUGUUGUGCAUCAGGACAUUUUUGGGAGGGUGUAGAGGAAGAGAAGCUGCGCAUUUGAUGCCAGCGGUGUGCAGAAUCCGUAGGCUGUCAAGUAAUCCAAGAGUAGCAAUUAAUUCUCAAGAGAGUCCCCAAAGGGAAAACCUUGAAGCGCAGCAUCUACCUCAGCCUGAAAGCCCCGUGUGGUCCUGGAAUGAGUGGGACCCCCUGAAAGAAGUCAUUGUUGGAAGAGUGGAAGGAGCAACUAUUCCUAAGUUCACUGUUGAAGUCAAGGCUAACACCUAUGAGAAGCACUGGGAAUUUUUCACGGCCCAUGGAGGGAAAGGGUUUCCCGCAGAGCACAUGCAAAAAGCUGCAGAAGAGAUUGAGGAGUUCUGCAAUAUUCUGAAGCACGAGGGGGUCCAUGUGAGACGCCCAGACCAUGUGGAUUUCAGUCAGAUUUACAAGACACCAGAUUUUGAAUCUCCAGGUCUGUAUUCUGCCAUGCCUCGAGACAUCCUUACCGUGAUUGGAGAUGAAAUUAUUGAAGCUCCCAUGGCAUGGAGGUCUCGUUUCUUUGAGUAUCGUGCAUACCGUAGUCUCAUUAAAGAGUACUUCCGCAAAGGUGCCCGUUGGACCACUGCGCCAAAGCCGACCAUGAGUGAUGCUUUAUAUGAUCAGAACUACCCUAUGUCCUGUGUUGAGGAGCGUCACAAGCUUGCUGCACAGGGGAAGUUUGUGACAACAGAGCACGAGCCUUGCUUUGAUGCAGCAGACUUCAUGCGAGCUGGGCGAGAUAUUUUUGCCCAGAGAAGCCAGGUUACUAACUACAUGGGUAUUGAGUGGAUGCGCCGUCACCUUGCUCCCAGAGGUAUUCGUGUACAUGUGGUGAGCUUCAAAGACCCUAACCCCAUGCAUAUUGAUGCCACCUUCAACAUCAUAGGACCAGGUCUUGUGUUGUCCAACCCUGACCGCCCAUGUAACCAAAUUGAGAUGUUCCACAAGGCAGGAUGGACAGUGGUCAAGCCACCCACUCCUCUUAUACCUGACGAUCAUCCUCUGUGGAUGUCUUCCAAGUGGCUGUCCAUGAAUGUCCUGAUGCUGGACCCAAAACGUGUUUUGGUUGAAAAACACGAGACCACAACUCAGAAGAUGUUUGAGAAGCUGGGCAUCGAGUGCGUUCCAGUGUCUAUUCGCCAUGCCAACUCCCUGGGCGGGGGUUUCCACUGCUGGACCUGUGAUGUCCGCCGCGAAGGAAUCCUGGAAUCUUACUUUGAUGUGCCAGAGGAUCAGUACAUGUCAGCACUGGAUUAGAUAUACAUCAGGUUUCCCUGAAGCUCACACAUGGACAAUAUGAUAUGCUAGAUACUUAGAGAAGAAUGUUUGUUGAUCACAUUAGGCAUUAGGUGAAUAAUUGGAGGGGUGAUUGAAAAGUUUGAUUUAAGCUGAACCAGAAAGUGUAAUGGUGUUUCAUCCUUUGUAUUUGGAGAAAGCAUCAUUUCUUUUGAUUAAAUGUGAAGCUUUGAAACACUGUGCACUUGGUUGCAGACAUAGUACGUCAGUGAAUUGAGUAGGCAGGAGCCAGAUUCUGAGCCAGGUUCAAAACUUUUCAAUCAUCCCAUGGUAUGUUAAUUUGAAUUGCUUGCUUUGUUUUGAGAUUUUUACAAGUUUUUGUUUGUUCACUUUCCAAUCCGCCUUUCAUAAAAAUCGAAAGCAUUACAGGACUGGUUCAAGAAAAGGCUUCUUGUUAUAUGCUUUACAUACAGAAGCGAAGAUCAAUUUCCAGGAAAAGCAAUAUGUUAAAGAAUUUUUUGUGUGUUUUGGAACAGCUUUUCAGCAUGGAAUGCUGGCUUUGAUCUGCAUUUAAUAUAUUGCUUUUUAAAUUGCAGACAGAUGGUUGGAUACAGAGAAAAUCUUAUUUUUGAUAUUUUUUCAUUUCUCUUAUAAUUGUUGUGUUGAAUUUUAUUUAUUGCACAAAAGCAUGUGAGGUUUAAUUUCAGUUUUGCUCAUACCUGUUAGUGAUCUUCAUAAUUGCUAAGGUGCAGAUAAAACAAACACUGGCUAUGCAGAACUUAAUAAUCUGGUGAUUAUUUUUGAUUUACAUGCAUCUGUGCAACAGACCAUGAUAGACCAGUUUAUACCAUUCGCUUUUAUGGAUUGCUAUUUUACUCAGAUAUAUAUACUUUUAAAAAUUUAUUAGGCAAUAAUAUAUUUUGUUAUCAAAUAUUUUGGUACAUAAAUGUUCCAGGUUUCAUUUUUGUCAUCAUUGGUUGUAUGGCAGCAAAUUAAAUUUAGUUGAAAACAUUAAUUGGUUAAAAGCACAACCCGUCUUGGAUAGCAGUUAUAUGUGAGAUAAAUACAUGUAAUAGCAGUUUGCCUUAAGCAAUAGCCCAGGUUUUUCCUCAAGUAGAUUAAAAAAUACAAAACUUUGUUGUAUGAAUUAGAAUUAAAAUUUAUGGAUUGAAGAGGUCAUCCAAGAAUUUGAGAAAAACAAUGCUUUGUUUCAGGCAUGAUAUGACCAAUUGAAGCCUACAAACCUUGUAUGUAAAAUGAUACUUAAUUGGUAUGGUUUUUGUAUGUCAAAUAUUUGAUUUUAGCCAUGAAAAAAACUUCAUUGGAAUGCAUGUUUUUUUCUGUAGUCUUUGAACUUCAAUUGACAAUAAAAUUGUGAGCUUGCAAAUUGUCA